CAGUUACGUAACUCGGAUGUACUUCCGAGUAGCGUUAGCAUGUGUUAGCGACUUCUAUACGCAUGUAAAUAUAGCGUCAGCAAACGGUAAAUAUCAGUCAGUAUUGCUGUAAUUUACAGUAAAAGUCAGCAUUAUAUUAAGCAACUGCACAUAUGUUUUGAGUAGACUUACGAUUUAUCGUACAUAAACCUUUAAAUAGCUACUUUGUACAAGUCUUGUCUGACCGGAGUGGAUGGCAGGUCCAGGUUUAUUUAGUGUUUAAUGAGUUUUUAAUGUAGUUGGUGGAAGAAAAACUGAACUCUUGAUACCAAAUCCUGUGACCCUGCCAGCCAACACCCCAUUUGGUACUCUGCACAGGACAUCCUAGCACCAUCUAAUGCGAGUCUGAAGCCAUGUCCAAGCAGACACAAGUGAAGCCCUCCCUGCGUUUCGGUCAGGUGGUUAUUGGGCCCCCGGGUUCGGGGAAAACCACCUACUGCCAAGGGAUGCAAGAGUUUCUGACUCACCUGGGACGCAAGGUGGUGGUUGUAAACAUGGAUCCAGCCAAUGAAGGGAUACCUUAUUCAUGUGCGGUAGAUGUCUCAGAGCUGGUGACUUUGGACGAUGUCAUGGAAGGUUUAAAGCUGGGGCCCAAUGGUGGACUUCUCUACUGCAUGGAGUACGUGGAAGCAAAUCUGGACUGGUUGGAGGAGAAGCUGAAACAGUACAGUGACUGUUACUUCUUGUUUGACUGUCCUGGACAGGUGGAGCUCUACACCCACCAGAGCUCAGUGAAGAAUAUCUUCUCACAGCUGGCCAAGUGGAAUUUCAGGCUCACAGCGGUGCACCUCGUGGACUCUCAUUACUGUGCUGAUCCAGCCAAGUUCAUUUCGGUGCUGUGCACCUCGCUGUCUACAAUGCUGCAUGUCGAGCUUCCCCAUGUCAAUGUUCUCUCCAAGAUGGACUUGAUGGAGCAGUAUGGCAAGCUGGCCUUCAACCUUGACUUCUACACAGAGGUCAUGGACCUGACCUAUCUUCUCGAUCACUUGGCUGCAGACCCCUUCUUUAAAAAAUUCCGCCACCUAAAUGAAAAGUUGGCAGAGGUCGUACAAGAUUACAGCCUUGUGUCCUUUGUCCCUCUCAAUGUACAGGACAAAGAGAGCAUGAUUCAGGUCUUACGAGCAGUGGACAAGGCCAACGGCUACUGCUUUGGAGACCUGGAGGAGAGGAAUCUGCAGGCCAUGAUGUCAGCUGCUGUGGGGGCAGACUUCCAGUUCAACUCGUAUCCUUUCCUGAUCGUCGUGGUGACUCACGGUGACUCAUCUGGUUUGAUGCCAAAUAUAAAGAUUUACAGGAGAUGUUCCUUAACAUUUAACCAACCAGUACUCUCGGGGUGCAAGAGAGGUAUGUUGAAACCAGUGGAAAGACUGUGGAAGAGGAAAUGAUGGAGCUGUAAAUGGAAAAGCUCAAAUAACAGGACGAAAGCGGUCACCCCUUCAGCACCAGUAUACGAAGGGGGUCCUGGGAACAUCCAUCUCAUUUGGCCUGAAUUCUUCUCAGCCUCUCUGCAGAAGCAGUGGAGACAUGGGAACUAAAUGUGGGUGCUGUAGAUGCUUCACGGUCGCACCACACCUCAUGAAAGAAUCAUAGUGACGAAGACUAAAGGGAGAAAAUGUGUGGGCUGAGUAAUCUUAUUUUUUGUACUGUUUUGUAGGCAAAAAAAUGUCUUCUUUACAGAUGCAUAAAAAAUAAAGUCAUUUAGUUUCA